UCAACCGGAUGACGUCGGUGCGAAUGUAUGCUUGUCACUGUAUGUGGUCUUGCUUCAAAUGUUGUUCUGCAAUGUCCUCGUUUGUGCUGUGAAGUUUGCCGAGGAUACCAUUUGAUAUGAACGUCUUUCCCUCUGACACAGACCGGCGCCAUUACUCCGCCCCCUUGGUUUCUCCAUUUGCUGACUUCACUCCUCUGUGCACGCAGCUAACAUUCGGACCCAGUAACCGCGAAACCAGCCAUGUACUCGGACUGGAGGUCUCUUCACCUGGUGGUUCAGAGUGACAAGGGCCACCUGAGUGUCCUUCACUCGUACCCUCCAGCUGUGGGGCGAGACGUGGCCAAUGCGGUGGUCAGACCCCUGGGGGUCGCCCUGGCAUCCCCAUUCACUGACAGCGUGCUCAAGACUGACAAAGAGGUGAAGUGGACGAUGGAGGUGCUGUGCUACGGCCUGACCCUGCCCCUGGACGGGGAAACCGUCAAGCUGUGUGUGGAUGUGUACACCGACUGGAUCAUGGCACUGGUCUCCCCUCGCGACUCCAUCCCCCAGCCCAUCGUCAAGGAGCCCAACCUCUAUGUGCAAACCAUCCUCAAACAACUACACAACCUCUUCCUGCCCAGGCCGGAGCACUACAGCCCCAUGCACUUCCGCCUGUGCCAGCAGGUGCUGACAGCGGUCCAGAAGCUGGCCAGGGAGUCGGGGGGCGGCAUGGCCCGGGAGACCUGGGAGGUCCUGCUGCUGUUCCUGCUGCACAUCAAUGACACCCUGCUGGCCCCGCCCACUGUCGGAGGUGGGAUAGCGGAGAAGCUGGCUGAGAAGCUGAUCAGCGUGCUGUUCGAAGUCUGGUUCCUGGCGUGCACACGGUGCUUCCCCACUCCACCCUACUGGAAGACGGCCAGGGAGAUGCUGGCCAACUGGAGGCACCACCCACCCGUGGUGGAGCAGUGGAGCCGGGUCAUCGCAGCCCUCACCUCCAGGCUGUUGCGUUUCGCCUACGGUCCGUCUUUCCCUCUAUUCAAAGUCCCAGAGGAGGACGCCAACUUGAUUCCUAAUGAGAUGGACAAUGACUGUGUGGCUCAGACCUGGUUCCGCUUUCUGCACAUGCUCAGUAACCCGGUGGACCUGAGCAACCCCUUAACGGUCAGCUCCACGCCGAAGUUCCAGGAGCAGCUCCUGGGAGCGAGCGGUGUGCCACAGGAGGUGAUCCAACAGCACCCCUGUCUGAAGCAGCUGCCCCAGAUCUUUUUCAGGGCCAUGAGGGGUGUCAGUUGCCUAGUGGAUGCCUUCUUGGGUGUCGGCGUCGCAAAGAGAGAGAAUCGUGAGAAACUGCCCUCUUAUGUUUCCUCUUUCCCAGAAACACCAUUACUGUCUCUCUCACUCUCAGGAGGGACAGUCUCUCCUAGGACCACUAUACGCGACAGACUGCCCUCUCUAGGUGCUGCCGUGUCUAGGAACAAUUUCAGAGAAAGAUUUCAGUCCAUGCCUUCCUAUGGUAUAUCCCGGCCGCGGUCCGACAGUGCCCCGCCCACCCCGGUCAACAGACUCAGUAUGCCUCCGCCCCCCACCACCAACACCAAUACCACGCCCCCUCACAGCCGCCGCCACAAACCGACCGGGGUGACCAAGACGGCCAGUAAAACCUCCACGGCUAGCACAGCACACCAGCCCAAAGUGUCCCACCAGCCGUCCACCAACUCUCCGCUGUCCAGCCCCAACCAGACCAGUUCAGAGCCACGCCCACUGCCCGCCCCCACCAGGCCCAAGGUGAACAGCGUCCUGAACCUGUUUGGCCAGUGGCUGUUUGACGCGGCACUGGUGCACUGCAAGCUCCACACAGGCCUGAGCCGGGACAACAGCUUGACCGCCUUGGGGGUGCAGGCUGGCAUUGAACUGAGGAGGAAGGGCUCCCAGAUAUCCACAGACAACAUGGUGUCCAACCCCAUGUUCGAUGCCAACGAGUUUCCCGACAACUACGAGGCGGGCCGGGCCGAGGCGGGCGGAACCCUCUGCCGGAUCUUCUGUAGCAAGAAGACUGGCGAGGAGAUACUGCCUGUCUACCUGUCCAGGUUCUACAUGGUUCUUAUCCAGGGCCUCCAGAUCUCGGACUACAUCUGUCGACCGGUCCUGGCCAGCAUCAUCCUGAACUCCUCGUCUCUGUUCUGCACCGACCUGAAGGGCAUCAACGUGAUGGUCCCCUACUUCAUCUCAGCGUUGGAGAACAUUCUCCCUGACCGGGAACUGUCGAAGUUUAAGACGUACGUGAACCCCACUGAGCUCAGGAGGUCCUCCAUCAACAUCCUGCUCUCCCUGCUGCCUCUACCGCACCACUUUGACAGCGUCAAGUCAGAGGUACUGUUGGAGGGCAAGUUCAGCAACAAUGACAACACGCUACAUGACAAGGCUGUCUCCUUCGUCUCCCUCAAGCUGCGAUUGGUCAACAUCUUGAUUGGAGCACUGCAGACGGAGACAGAUCCCACCAACAUGCAGAUGAUUCUGGGGGCAAUGCUGAACAUUGUCCAAGACUCUGCUCUGCUGGAGUCCAUUGGUACCCAAAUGGAGGAGCAGGGCAGCGUGGACGGCGGCCACUCCAAGGCCCACCGCAGGAACAACAGUGGCGUCAGCAGCGUGAGCGGGGGCAGCUCAGAGGCCACCACGCCGGACAGCGACAGGUCCGCCCAGGCGCUGCUCAGAGACUACGCUCUCCACACAGAUACGGCGGCUGGCCUACUGAUCCGCAGCAUCCACCUGGUCACCCAGAGGCUCAACUCCCAGUGGAGGCCCGACAUGAGCAUCUCCCUGGCUGCCCUGGAGCUCCUGGCCGGCCUGGCCAAGGUGCGGGCGAACGUGGACUCUGCCGAGCGCAAGCGUGCGGUCAGCUCCGUGUGUGGCUACAUCGUGUACCAGUGCAGCCGGCCGGCCCCCCUACACUCCCGAGACCUCCACUCCAUGAUCCUGGCCGCUUUCCAGUGCCUCUGCGUCUGGCUGACCGAACACCCUGACAUGCUCAGUGAGAAGGACUGUUUGAUCGAGGUACUGGAGAUCGUGGAGCUCGGCAUAUCAGGCAGCAAGUCCAAAACUGGUGACCAGGAAGUGAGGUACAAAGGGGACAAAGAGCACAACCCGGCCUCCAUGAGGGUGAAAGACGCGGCAGAGGCCACCUUGUCUUGCAUAAUGCAGGUGCUGGGGGCGUUCCCGUCGCCGAGUGGCCCCGCCUCCCCCUGCAGCCUGCUGAACGAGGACACGCUGAUCAAGUACUCCAGGCUGACCUCCACCAGCCGCAAGAACUUCCGUUACUUCGUCCUGGACAACUCUGUCAUCCUGGCCAUGCUGGAGCAGCCACUGGGGAACGAGCAGACAGACCCGUGUCCGUCUGUGACCAUGCUGAUCAGGGGCGUCUCUGGGAGACACGUCUGGACCAUGCAGCUCUUCCACCAGCCCAGGGGGGCUCGAGGGUGCCAGAAGCAGGCGUUUGUCCCAGAGAGUCGACCGACUCCCAAAAAUGAUGUGGGGAUCCGGUUCAACGUCAAACACAGACCUUUUCCAGAAGAAGUGGACAAAAUUCCUUUUGUGAAAGCAGACCUGAGCAUUCCGGACCUACACGAUAUUGUUGAUAAGGAGUUGGAGAUGCAGCACGAGAAGCUUCGCGGUGUGAUGUCGAAGCAGAUCGAGUACGAGACGACCCUGGAGCACGUCAGCGAGGAGCGCCGGAGCAACCAGAGCUUCCCAGAUCCACAGACGGACUGCAAGCCCCCACCGCCCUCUCAGGAGUUCCAGACCGCACGCCUCUUCCUGUCACACUUUGGCUUCCUGUCCCUGGAGGCGCUCAAGGAGCCUGGCAACAGUCGCCUGCCUCCCCAUCUGAUAGCACUGGACUCGGGGUUGCCGGGCUUCUUUGAAGACAUGAGUUACCUGGACCUGCUGCCCUGCCGCCCCUGCGACACGGUCUUCCUCUUCUACAUGAAGGCCGGCCAGAAGAGCAGUCAGGAGAUCCUGAGGAACGUGGAGUCGAGCUCUAACGUUCAACACCACUUCCUGGAGUUCCUGCUGUCGCUGGGCUGGCCCGUGGAAGUGGGUCAGCACCCUGGCUGGACCGGCAGCGUCUACACCAGCUGGUCCCUCAACCACCACCAGAACAACGGAGACGGCAGCCCACCAGAUGACGCGGUCGCCCUGGGAGACACGGGUGGGGCGGCGUUCAACGGUGAGAAGCGGGUGCUGUACUACGCCGACGCCCUGACUGAGAUCGCCUUCGUCGUUCCGUCCUUAACGGAUUCCUCCGCGGAUUCGUCAGAGAACAGUUUCCCCAGCGAUGACUCCGAUUCCCAGAUGGACCUGCUACCUAGUAUGCUGAAGCAGUCCAGCCUCACCCUGGAGCUCUUCCCCAACCACUCCGACAAUCUGGCCCCUGCGCAGAGGAGUCCCACAGUCAAGUCUAAGAAGCUGCUGCCUGGCAGAACUAUCCCUCCAAUGGGCCCCGAGACCAAGGUGCUGGUGGUCUGGGUGGAACGCUACGAUGACAUCGAGAACUUUCCCCUGGCCGACCUGCUGGUGGAGACCACUACUGGAGCGGAGACCAUGGCCAAUAGCAGCACCUCGACCAGACCCCCGUCGUCUCUUCAGGACGUGCAGGUGAUCUUCAUCCACCCUCUGAGGACCGGCCUGUUCCGGAUCCGCCUGCACGGGACCCUGGGGAAGUUCAGCAUGGUGGUGCCCCUUGUGGACGGCAUGGUGGUCAGCAGGAGGUCACUAGGGUUCCUGGUGAGGCAGACGGUGAUUAACGCGUGCCGGCGGAAGCGCCUGGAGAGCGACUCGUACAAUCCGCCACAUGUCCGGCGUAAACAGAAGAUCGCGGAGAUCGUGAACCGCUACCGCAACAAGCAGCUGGAGCCGGAGUUCUACACCUCGCUCUUCCAGGAGGUCAGCGACAGCAGCCUUAGGCCGUGACCCCUUCACCCCGCCCACCUCUCACUCCCCCCCCCCGGCACAACGAGAGACUGAAAGACUGUCACAAGGACUGCAGAGAUUCUAUAUAUUUAUAUAAGAAAAUAUUUUGUUUUUUCUUCUCUUAUGUUAUUUAUAUUGUCAGCGUGCGGCGCCCGUGUUGCGAGCCAACUUGGGUUUGUUGCCGCUGCUGUCAUCUUAAAAAUAACUAAUUCUCCCACCUCGUGCCACAGCACUGCUAAUCAGUGACACAUACUGUAUUUAUACGUGGAAUCACUACACCCUUACAGGGUACAUGGAUGGGGUCUGGUUGGGCACUCACCUCUGCCCGCAAGGCUUUUGGCUGGGGCCAAGAAAGCACCGCGGCGGUAAGGAGGCUUUAGAACGACUUAAUCUGCAACGCUACCAAAUGAUUGACUGUAGACUAGCGACGUGGCAAUGCGAUUGCUGUGAUCUCUCGAAAUUGCUAAUGGCUUCCACUUUAUGGUUGUGACUAGUUCUCACAGCUGUCUCACUGUGGAUUUUGAUGUCUGAUUCGUCUGUGUGCUUUUCUAUGAAACGCAUCAGUCAAUAUUCACAUGUACUACAUUUUUUUCAGAUUUAUCAUUUUGGUCUGGAACAGAGAAAUUGGGUCCAUGCAGCUAAACAAUCUACUUCUUGUCUUAACAAUGACCCCCAAUAUAAGAACAUGAACAAAAUUUACAUCACACUAUAGUAAAUUGUGAAGCUUUUAUUUCUUUUGUCAUUGUGAUUUUCUUCGGCUUUUAUUUAUGUUUCAGGUAGCUUGGGCUUUUUUUGGCAUUUCAUUGGCAUCUCGGUUGUGUUCAUUAGGUAUCAGACAGAUGUGACCAAAUAGACAACACUAGCUGAAGGGUGGGAGGACACCCUGAGAUUGUUUGCACAGUGCUUUGCUAAGUGUGUCCUAAUAAACGCAACCCCAUUUAUUUACUCCAUGCACUCCAAACCAACUGACCUCGUUUUAGGCAUUAUUUACUUUCAGUUUAGUUUUUCCCCUUGUACUCAAAGCUGGGGCAUUUCAAAGUUACUGAAGCUUAUAGUAGUCUCAAAGACAACAUUCCCUGAUGGACGUUUGGUGUGGUUUUAAUAACAAAAUAAAUCUGGUCGGCCAGUGUUUAUACCCAUGUUGGACAGAAUGUACAUAAAAUAAUAUAUUCACCACUUUUUGAUUUAUCAUAUUAAGGUAUCACUUUAUUGAUGGUUAUUCACAGGUAGAAGAUUUACAGUAUCCUGGGUGAUUCAAAAUGUGUCUCAUGUCUUGUUCAAAAAGAUUCUAGUUGUGUUACCAGACAUACAUAUGACAACUCCUGCCAUUUUGUCCAUUAUACUUUAGUUUUAUGUCUAGCCUAAAACCAAAAUCAAAGCGUUAAGUCACUAGCAUGUAGCGGCAGAAGUUUCACUCUUCUGUUUUUUUUUUUUUUUUUUAACCAAGUGAUGUCUUUAUUUGUGCUAGAUUUUAUUCCAGACAACAUAAGAUCUUAUCACUAUUAAGGGCUGAAACACUUGUUUUAUUAAGUCAUUUUUGUAUUUCUGUUAAGGAUUGGAUUAUGAAAAUUGAGCAAAUGACAACUCCUGUGUAUGUUGCUGAAUUUGUUUUUCGACACUGUGUAUUGUAUUAAUCUGUAUUUUGAUAAUAUGAAAAACAAUGCAGAACUAUAUAUUUUGCAUGAUAUUUGCCAUGGUGAUCGACCCGAGCCAUUUAGAUAUUAUAAUAUUUCACUUUUAGUUACAUAAAGUAGAUAACUGCUUUAGUGUUUUGUUUGUACUUUUUUUUUUUUUAUAUAUUUAGAUCCUUGACUGUUGGGGGAAAGCUGAUUAAUUUGCAAUACUGACUAUUGAAGCCCUUACUGUAUACAGGCUAAAACCUGAUUGGAGUUAUGCGAAUAAUAUUUGUCAUUUUUAUAGGUUACUUUGUAAUCAGCGAAUGACAACUCCUGUGUUUUUAUAAAAAUCAAGAGAAAAAUUACUAGUUAUUUUAAAUGCAGUUAAAUGUUAGCUUGGUCCUACAACAGUUUUUGCUCUAUUGCGAACUUCUAGGGCUGUUAUCAACAUACAAAUUAAUGCUUUUAGUAAAAACAGAUCUUCAACAACCAUGCUAGUAAAAUGUCACUUCAGGCAUGACUUCUGCUGUCAAUUUGCUAGUGUCAAAUGUUUUGAAUCUGGAAUCUCUAUUGCAGUUUGAAAUUGCCUCAAUAAUUUUCAAUUAUGAAAUGAACCAUACUCUAGCCAGCCAUUGUGAUCUACAAUCUUAAUGGCGCCACACGACACUGAACUAGAUUUUUGUCUGGUUCUUAGUAAACAACUAAUCUGUUAUGUAAAUAUUGAAGGUAUUAACUUUAAAAUAUACUGUGUACAUACUGAGGGUGUGCAGUACAUAUCAGUCUUCUGUCCCUCCAUUAGGAAAGGCAUGAAAACUGCCUGUUUCUAUUUACAAAAUGGCUGCAGAUCUGACCUUUUUAGAAAACCUCAGAUCUGCUGCCACACCCUUGUACUUAUGGCUCUUACUAUGUAUGUCCAAAAGAAACACAUUGGAAAUUGAAUGUAACACUAUGUAACAAAUAAAGAUUUUAAUUAAAUGUGCUGCAAUA